AUGUUAACGUCGAGACCCCUUUUGUACCCUAAUUUCCCCGUGCUUGUAACAUCAUCAAGCCCUAGCUUUGGCUGCAAAAGCUGGCAUUUUCCGCGCUGCAAAUCCCCCACGAGUUUCAGACUACACGCACAAAACGGCGGCAAUGAUCUGGGAAAUGGUCUCGGUGGGAAAGACGAAGUACGAGGGGGAAACGAACCGAUCAGUAACGGGAAUGGCUCGAGGAAAGAGGGAUGGCUAGGGUUCAAUCUCCGGUGGGGCGAUCUCUUGAAUCCGGAUCCGGACAAUUUCGUGGCCAUCGGACUAGCCGGAGUGCUGACAUGGGCGAGCGUUCAGGUCCUGUCUCAGCUCCUCUUCAUCUCUCUCGCCAUUCUUGUUGCUGCUCUCAAGUACUCCUUCAUUGCCGCCCUCCUCAUUUUCAUCCUCAUCACCCUCCUCUAA